CUUCGAACUCGGCAGACAUCCUGCAGCGUCCGUGGGUGUGCGCUUGCCGGACGCGUUUGACACGCAGGCCUCUUCUCGGUCUCUCACUACAUGGCCCCACAACACCAUCGACUGGCACUUAAAUUCUUACUGCUCGUCCUACUAUGCGUCGUUCCAUCAUCGGCCGUCUUGAACAAAUGGGAAGUGACCAACUUCUGCAAAUGUAUUUGUUUUGGUUCAAACUAUACGAUCCUUCAGAUGCACACGCCCGACAACCCCUCCAAGCCGUGCCUAUCAUGCAAUAAACAAUGGUGUUUGAAUCAGAACCUCCCGAUCUGCGCCGGCGCCUCCCUGGGCGACACAGACCCAGACACGGCCACUGGAAAGGAAGGUGAUGUAGAAGCAAGGUGUUUCCAACGUGAUUCUCCCCGGGAUCAGCUGGUGGUCACGCUGUUUCUCUUGACCGUCCUGGGGUUGUUACUCACAUCGGGGAUUCGAAACCGCAUGCUUAAAGCUGGAAUGAAUCCCAAUUCUGCGUGGUCACCGGCUGGACGGUGGUGGGAAGAGUGGCUGCCGCGCGGACACGUUGAGCAAUAUAGUCUUCGUGAAUACGUUCUGCGCCGUACGCGGAUGUCGGCGUCAGAUGAGAGAGGGAAUUACGGGGAGAUUUCAGAGUCCUUACCAACAUAAAACGUAUAUCGUAGCGAGCACUUGUACCCCACAGUGGUGAUCGAUUUGACUACUGCCUCCAGAGCAGACCAGGCAUUCCGGUCACACGGACCCGCAGUACACUGCGAGGUACACGUGAGAUUCU